UGAGGUCACUUAACUAUUGGUACAGCUGCAGGCGCUUGCAAUCACCGAAUCGGGCACGGGCAGACGUGGAGAAAGUAGUACUGCCCACCUACAGUCAAGAAGCAUGAAGGAGUAUGCACGCACUGAGUGAGGAACAAGCUAUCAAGUCUACCGCAUCGGGCUCUCCUUGAGGAAUUUUUUUCGUUUGCGAAACAGAAAAGAUGACCUAUUUUCUCCAGGUGAAUGACGCAAAUCUCAACAUGUCAAAAUAGGCAGUUUCAGAACUUUUUGUGGCUGUGCACACAAGGCUUUUUUAAGAGCUGGGUUGAAUCCUUCACGGAGUCUUAUCUAUGCUGACAACAUAAAUAGGCUCAACUAUCCAAUCUCUUGCAACUGAUUAUCGCGCCAAGAAGAUGUUUUCUCAAAAGCUGUACAUUUAUUUCCUCGCGCUGGCCUAUUUGGUGAGGAUCCCGCGCGCCACAUCCGCGGCAUGUGAGCCUAUCCGCAUCCCGAUGUGCAAGUCCAUGCCAUGGAACAUGACCAAAAUGCCUAACCAUCUUCACCACAGCACCCAGGCGAACGCUGUCCUGGCCAUCGAGCAGUUCGAGGGCUUGCUGGGCACCGGGUGCAGCCAGGACCUACUCUUCUUCCUGUGCGCCAUGUACGCGCCCAUAUGCACGAUAGACUUCCAGCACGACCCGAUCAAGCCUUGCAAGUCGGUGUGCGAGAGAGCCAAGUGCGGCUGCGAACCCGUCAUGAAAAGAUAUAACCAUACCUGGCCGGAAAGUCUAGCGUGCGAGGAUUUACCAGUCUAUGACCGAGGAGUUUGCAUAUCUCCGGAGGCUAUCGUAAAAGCGGAGGGACCAGACAAUCCAUACCAAGACCCCUCCAAGUGCUCCCAUGAAUCAAAUCCUGACUUUCCAAUGGACUCUCACAAUGGUAACUGUAAGGGGGCCGGUGAUCGAUGCAAGUGCAAGACUGUCAGACUUGGUUUAAAAACCUAUUUGAAGAAUAAUUACAAUUAUGUUAUCCGUGCAAGAGUCAAAGAGAUUCGGAAUACUCGGAAUCAUGACCUGAGUGCCCUUGUUGAGGUCAAAGACAUUCUGAAGUCAUCGCUGGUGAACAUUCCCCGUGAUGUUGUACCCCUGCACUACAAUUCUGGGUGUCUGUGCCCUGAACUGGUAGCCAAUGAGGAGUACAUAAUCAUGGGCUAUGAGAAUGAGGAACGCUCAAGGCUACUGCUCAUAGAGGGUUCAAUUGCACAAAAGUGGAAGGACAAGAUGGGGCGGAAAGUAAAGCGUUGGGACCAGGUCCUCCGUGAGACGAGCAGAGGAAACUCGGGCAGGAGUAACUCAAGACGAAGCAAGCACUGAUCCAAGCAGGCCCAGAGCUGGUGAGACCCACAGAGAGGAGAAGUGUUCCAUACAACUGAACAAAAAAAAUUGCACUAUUGUAUGUUCUUUUCAUUGUUGUCAUUUAUGAGUUGUACCCCUAAAAAAAAGUAGGUUUAUUUUAGUUUGUCGCUUUUUUGUAUUAUAUUGUUUUAUAUUCUUUUUUACGACUCAUUGCCUUUGCAAUUGUGAAUGGUUUACGUAGCAGUGCUCUCUGCAUACUUGUGGAGUGACUCCGUGUGUGAGGUUUGCUGGAAAGGGGAGCUGUUUGUGGAUCAAAAUUAAAUGGAAUGAGCAGGCUUUUUUUUUUCUUUUGAAAAACGAGAGGGACGGAUAUUUAUCUAGCACCGACACAAUGGGAUGGAGUCCGAUGCCUUUUCGAGAUGCCAAAGUACUUUGUUUGACGCUAUGCAGUGCUCCGUCUACAGCUUUACACUUUGAAAGAGGGGGACGAACACGCUUUAAUGCCGCUGCAGCUGCAUCUCUCGCGCUCGCUCUCAGUCCUCCAGAGGAUUGGAAUGACUCUUGAAAGGCGGAGCAAGUCGGCAAAGGGUGAACCAUCUUUUGGCAAGCCAUGGAGAAGUGUCAGGAUGAUCCAAGGCUGUGGAGGGAAUGCCAUCAAGGAAGGAAGAAAGAAAAGAGUGUGUGGGGGUGGGGGGUAAAAACAGUUGUUGGAGCUCAUUAAAAAAUUAUGUUCAUUUUAUUGGAGCAUUAUAAUGCAUAACAUGUCUGUAGUGCUGUUGUUAGAUGUCCCUGAUUUGAUUGAUUAUUUUUCUCUUUCAUUUGUUCAUUUUUAAUUAACUGCUCUUUGAAUUUUGUUUCUGUUGUUUUUUGUUGUUGUUUUGUUUUGUUUUUUCCCAAGAUGGUUCAUACAGCCAUCUUUUGAGCAUCUGCAUUUUUCAAUGUGCCUGGACUUUGUCAGACUGGUCAUAUAAACUAUACACUACAUAUUACAGGAAAAGCAUCAACCAUUUGCUGUUUGUUAACCAGUUUUCAUCCUCCAUUAAACACUUCUGGACCAUG